GCUGGCGGAGGGGCCGGGCCGGAGCGGAGCGGCGGCGGCCGGCGGCUUCGGGCGAAGAUGGCGGACGUGCUGAGCGUGCUGCGGCAGUACAACACGCAGAAGAAGGAGAUCGUGGUGAAGGGCGACGAGGUGAUCUUCGGCGAGUUCUCCUGGCCGAAGAACGUCAAGACCAACUAUGUCAUCUGGGGGACAGGGAAGGAAGGUCAGCCCAGGGAAUACUACACUUUGGAUUCUAUCUUGUUCCUCCUCAAUAAUGUGCACCUUUCACAUCCUGUUUAUGUCCGUCGUGCUGCAACUGAAAACAUUCCUGUGGUAAGAAGACCUGAUAGAAAAGACUUGCUUGCAUACCUAAAUGGGGAAACAUCAACGUCAUCAAGUAUAGACAGAAGUGCUCCACUUGAAAUUGGUCUUCAACGUUCCACUCAAGUUAAGAGAGCAGCAGAUGAAAUAUUAGCGGAAGCAAAGAAGCCAAGAAUAGAGGAUGAAGAGUGUGUGCGCCUUGACAAAGAGCGGCUGGCAGCUCGAUUGGAGGGGCAUAAAGAAGGUAUCGUGCAGACAGAGCAGAUCAGGUCCUUGUCAGAAGCCAUGUCAGUGGAAAAAAUUGCUGCUAUCAAAGCAAAAAUCAUGGCAAAGAAAAGAUCCACUAUCAAAACAGAUCUGGAUGAUGACAUAACUGCUCUUAAACAGAGAAGUUUUGUUGAUGCUGAAGUGGAUGUAACCAGAGAUAUUGUCAGCAGGGAGAGAGUAUGGAGGACAAGAACUACAAUCUUACAAAGCACAGGCAAGAACUUUGCCAAGAAUAUUUUUGCAAUUCUUCAAUCAGUAAAAGCCAGAGAAGAAGGCCGAGCACCUGAGCAACGACCUGCACCAAAUACAGCACCUACGGAUCCUACUUUACGAAAUAAGCAACCUAUUCCAGCUGCCUACAACAGAUAUGAUCAGGAAAGAUUCAAAGGCAAAGAGGAAACGGAGGGCUUUAAAAUUGAUACCAUGGGCACCUAUCAUGGAAUGACUCUGAAGUCUGUAACGGAAGGUGCUUCUGCUCGAAAAACACAAACACCAGCAGCACAGCCUGUACCACGACCAGUUUCUCAAGCAAGACCACCUCCAAACCAGAAAAAAGGAUCUCGAACUCCCAUAAUCAUUAUUCCAGCAGCCACAACCUCUUUAAUAACGAUGCUUAACGCAAAGGACCUCCUGCAAGAUCUGAAGUUUGUACCAUCAGACGAAAAGAAGAAGCAGGGCUGUCAGCGAGAAAAUGAAACUCUAAUACAGAGAAGGAAGGACCAGAUGCAACCUGGGGGAACUACAGUCAGCGUUACCGUACCCUACCGAGUAGUAGACCAACCUCUGAAACUAAUGCCACAAGACUGGGAUCGUGUGGUGGCAGUGUUUGUACAGGGUCCUGCUUGGCAGUUCAAAGGCUGGCCGUGGCUCUUGCCUGAUGGAUCACCUGUUGAUAUCUUUGCGAAGAUUAAAGCUUUUCAUCUCAAAUAUGAUGAGGUACGUCUGGAUCCAAAUGUACAGAAAUGGGAUGUAACAGUGUUAGAACUAAGCUACCACAAAAGACACUUGGACAGGCCAGUAUUUCUACGCUUCUGGGAAACUUUGGACAGGUAUAUGGUGAAGCAUAAAUCUCACUUGAGAUUCUGAAUCCUUCAGCUGCCGUUCAUUUCCUGGAGUGUGGAUUGAGAACAAUGAAAGAGACUCCAGUUUGGAGACCAGAGCUCGCACUAUAUGUUAUGUCAAUAACUUUACAAAUGAAGAAGGGUCACAGUUGAAACUUUUUAUAAAAUCUGGUUUGGAUGCUUCAUGGCAGGUUGAUACCUGUUGUUAUUCAGAAGCAAAGGGGUUUUGCUUAAAACUAUUUUUUUAAUGUUGUUAGCCUUCUAGUCUGCAAUUCAAAUUGUAUAUUUUGAUAGCAGCAGUUUCUUCUCUGUUUUGUUAAAUUAGGCACAUUUUUAAAUAAUGUGUUAUGUUCCUUAUUAGAAAAUAGAUUGAUCUUCACUGCAGGUUACAAAUGUGUGUGUGCCUGUGCGCGUGUGCGCACGUGUGUGUGUAUAUAUGUGUGUAUGUGUCUACAUAUAUAAUGUAUAAAAAAAAUUAUAGACACGCUAACGCACACAUAGUUAUUCCUGAGGCUUUCUAAACCACUUAGCUUCUGAGCUUAGUUUUGGUUUUCUUUGCUUAUUGUUUCACUUACUGAAAAUAUUUUGUUGUGAAUGAAUUUACAUUUUAGUCAAUAGAACUUGCAAACCGAGAAAAGUGAAGAUUGUUUUGGAAAUCAAAAUGUCAACCUGUAUAUGUAUAUUCUGUCAGUCUUGGAAAAAGGGAAGAUGAGAGUGCUAGAAACUGACUUGGAUUUGUGAUGUCCCACUUUACCGAAUCUUCAAACUUAAAUACAAAUACCUUCAGGUCAUGGUAAUUUUAAAUCUCCAUUCUCCACUCAAGUCUCUUUGUUUAAGCUGGAACCGUGCACGUAUAUGUUUCCAUCUAUCAAUAUACCUUCCUACAAGUUUAAGUGUUACCUGGACUGAACGAGGAAUAGAAAGGGACAGUUUGGAUUUUUUUUUUUUCCACUGGAAAUGUCAGCACAAGGAGGAAUAAUGUUAACUUCUUUGCAUUUAUACCUGUGAUAUCACCACUAAUAUUAUUUUAUUGUGACAAAAGUAGCCCAGACUAUGUCUAGAGGAGUUGUCAUUUCCUGAUAUGAGUGGCUGAUAAGGCCUCCUAACAGUCGUGCAUCGGAGUGGAAAAUGAGUUUACUCAGUUUACCAAAGAACACAUUUGCUUGAGCUACAGUAUAAAUGAGGCCAGAAGAUCAUGGUAUUUGUUUGGAUUUAUGGUACCUGUGUAUCUAUUUAAUAAUGUUGCAUACCAGUUGAUGUAGAGAAUGAUCCGAUAUUGUAACACCUGCAUGGAUUUUUUGGGAUAUAAAAUACAUGUUUAUAUUCCGUUCUUGAAAUCCAAAACCAUGUUUUUUAAUAUACUUUACAUUUAAGACUUGACAAAAGUAAAGUGGUCUACCUGUUCUUUAGUUUUGCUUUUUAUUUGAUGUUACCUUCAUUUUAGUGGAAUCCAGAAGCCCCAUUUCCUUCAGAGGUUUUUAAGAUGGUCUUAAAUUUAUAUGAGAACUGUGAAGUCUGAAAGGUUUUUAAUAAUAUGUUUCUAUCCAUGCUGUAUUGGGUUUGCUAUAUUUAAGUUUAGCCAAUUAUCUUGAUGGAAAUAAAAGCAAGCGAAAAAAAGAAGACUCCAGGAUUAGAAAUUGUAACUGGAUGACUUGAACAGAUUCUGAAAGGAGGCCUGAGAAGAGCAAGCAAUGCAGAGCUCGUUGAAAGUAUGCUAGAAGGCUCUCCUGUCUGUGUAGGCAGUUUGGUCAGCACCACAUGACUUUUUUCCCAACACCUAAGCAUUAUUAGAAGUGCAUGCAUGUCGUAUCUGAGUGAGGUAAAACAUUCAGUGUUUGGUUUUAACCUGUGCUACAUUAAGAAAAAGCUGUACUGGCUACUGCAGAGAGUACCAUAAGGAAUGGGUAAACUUAUGGUUUGUUACUACUUCAGAGAGAUUGUAAGUGGCUUUUUCACUCUGACAUGUUUCCAAUUACAAAUGUAAGGGUUUGUUUUGUUGGUUUUCUUUUUUUCAGACUUCAGUGGCCCAUGCAGUUUUAAAGAAACAUCUACAACGGGCACCAAAUGUAACAUACUGAAUGUUGAACAUAACUGCUUCACGUGCACUGCGGUGUAAAGACUAUGGAAUAGUCUUAAAAUAUGCAAACUCCAUUUCUCUUUUCUAUGCCCUGUAUUUCACUUGUGUUUUAAAAGUGUGUAGUCUAGCAUCCAAUAUUGUACAUAGAAGAUGGUUUGAUGUAGAUGUAAAUUUAUGUAUAUAUUGGGAGUAGCUUCUCUCAAAGGAAUGAAGUUACAUGGAUGUGAAACUCGCAGAAGAGGAAACCUGUGCUGUGUUUAUAACAAGUGUGCCGCUUCUUAUGGAUUGAGCGCAGACCUUUGACAUCACUGGGGUUUUGUUCUUGGAGGAAAUUUUCAUCACGAGUUCAAAAUGUGUUUGUGGAGGAGGUGGCACCUGAUCGUCUGGCUGUGUGUCUCUUUGUCAGUCAUAAAAGUAGCGAUGUUUAUAGAAUGAGCCGUUUUGCAAUCAAAUUCCUGCUGACAUUAUUGGAAGUUUAAUUAGGCUGUCAGAGAAUAGCAUUCCUACUGACUUCAGAAAUAUCUGCACAUAAGAUUAUGAAACUACUUGGACUUAAAAAUUUAGCCUUACAGCAGCGUUUUGCAGCACAGCUGGAUUUUUUGACACUUAUGUUAUGCUUGAUUUAUCUACAAGUUAAUGUGGAGUAAUAAAGAAAACUGAUAGUAAGAACUGGGGAAGCUGCAGGAUCAGACAUCUGUUUUAGUGAGCUGUAUUCUUAUUGUUGAGCAAGUUUGACACUUUACAUAGAAGUGUAUAAAGUGUGUAAAUUGUACUCAAUUAAAACAUACGACUAAAACUGAGCUACUUUACUGCCUGUAGUUUAUUAAACAGUGGAAUGACACUAGUGUACAAAUUGAAUUAGCUGUUUCUAUUAAAUAUCUUGUGUCAUAACUCCACACUGUUUCAUAGGUACAAAAUGAACAAGGUGAAACAAGAUAAGACGAGAACUGGUUUGAAAUCUGUUAUUGAGUUCCUGUACUGUCAGCAGGUGAUUUUUUUUCAUUUUUUUCAUGGCAAGGUUUUAGAUGCCAGUAGAGAUAUCAGAAGUAAUGGUUUCAUAUUAAGAACUACACUGCCUGUGAUUUAUACUGUUUGAGCUUUCUGAAUGCUACCUAGGCAAAGCAGAGUUUUUUCAUAAGGUAGAGGAGGACAACUACCUUUUAUAGUGGGUUUGCGUACCUGAAUAAAUCACAGAUCAGCUUUGUCAGUGAAUAAGCUCAGCUCUUCAGUUACUACAUGGAAAUUUCUGUAGCAAAACAGUUUCAAAAAUAGACACUCAAGACAUUGUUGGAAAUAGGCAACUUAUAGAACUGUUCUGCAGUGCUGUAAACCUUUUCAUUUCUGAGUAUACAAGAAAAUAUAGAAGGCAGACAGUUAGGCUGCCCUUGAUUGUAAGUUCAACUAUGGUAUUUGUUGUAAGGAUAAGCCUUAAUCAGAAUAGAAAAGUUGUUUUUGGCUUUCAUUUGGUAUGCAGUGUAUAAAACAUUACUAUUCUCUGCAAUGUGUAUUUUAUUACAGCUUUCAUUCUUUUGCUGGUGAAAUAUGUUCUUAGUUGCUUAUUCUUGAGAACACUAUACAGAAAAAAGCCAGUCAAAACUAAUGGCUUAGUGAUUUUAAAUUUUAAUGUCAUGAAUGCAUUUUAAUUCAAAAGCCAUAACUAAUGCCAAGUACUUUAUUAGAGCAAUGUGUUCAUGAAAAAUUAAAAUUGCUGCCUGAAGAAACUGUUGGCCAAGCAGGUUACAGUUGAGCUAAUCUUUGGAAAAAUGUGUCACAAAAUGAAAUCUCUGAACAUCGUAUUCUGAGUUACUUGUUACUUAAUUGUUUUGAAGAGUGAUGGCAGUUUUGUUUUCAGUUGUGAACAGAUGCCUAAUUCAGCAGAAUCACAGAGUAGCUUGGGUUGGAAGGAAACUUGAGGAUCAUCAAGUUUCAACCCCCCUGCUGCAGGCAGAGUUGCCAGGUGCUGGAUGAAGUACUAGGUCAGGUUGCCCAAGGCCACAUCUAACGUGGCCUUUGAACACUUCUGGGAGUGGGACAUGUACAGUCUGUCUGGGCAACCUGCUCCAGUGCCUUAUCACCCUCUCAGUGGAAAAUGUUCCUCCACACAUCUAAGCUAAAUCAUCCUUUAAAUAUUGUAAGGCUGCAGCGGGGUCUUCAUUCUCUUCUCCAGAUUGAACAAACCCAGCUCAUUCAGCUUGUCUUCAUAGGAGAGGUGCUCCAGUCCUCUCAUUAUCUCUGUGGCCCUUUUAAGGAUCACCCUUUCAACAUACCCUUGAAAUCCUUUAUCAGGAUGAGAGCCUGCAAGUGUGACUCUUGUUGCAGAUGAAGCAAGAUGAAGCAAGAAGGCCUUGUCAACAGCUCCCGUUGAUCAGGUGGCCUGUAGUAGAUUCCAACCACUAGCUGUCCAAUACUGAUUUUGUCCUUGAUCUUAACCAACAAUAGCGAUUGUAUUGUUUGACUUUUUGGUUAGUUCUACCUUAAGGCUGUUAACAUGAUAUGAUAACUGAAGAAGAGAUGGGAAACUGAUGGCUUUAAGUAUGGAGAUGUGUAAGUAGAGUUCAUGUACUUGACAAUCAUAAGUGAUUUCUUACUGGAACCAUUAUCCAGUGUGUAAAGUAGAACCCAUUCUUCAACUGUU